ACCAAACGACGCAGGCUUAAUCAAGAUGGCGUCCACAUCAGCAGCAGGACCACAAUCUGUGGAAUUAUCUCAGCUUCCUUUACCUCAACUAGACAGCUUGAAGGCCCAACUUGACGAGGUAUUGCUUUCAUCUUUCAUUUGCUAUAUUUUCUAAGUGUUCUAUAAUAUUUUCCUUGUGAUAAUGAGAUAAUCACGUUCUGUGAGAAAGCUUCCUGAGUCUUUUAUAGUCCUACUUUAAACCACAGUGUACCUUAUAAAUAAUAAAGAUCCUUAUACUUAUAAGUCAACUCGAAGUCAAUAGCGAUUAACUAUUAAAUUGAUAUUGUUUGGUUCAAUUGGUAUUUUAAUACAACGAAGUGACUAUAUGACCGGCAGCCGGUCACGGUUUAUAAAAUACUAAAUGGCCGGCAGUCUAGUGACUAUUGUUAAAGUUUAAUUUUUAUAAGAUAAACCUAUCCCCAACCCCAAACCCUUUUCUAACCCUAACCCCUAACCCUAACCUUUUGAGAGUUAGAAAAGUCGGGAAAAAAAGUUUAAAAAAUUUUAAGAAAAAACUGCUAAGUCAGACAAAACACAUCGCGACCCCGACUGCGCUUAACUUUCCGCACGCAGCGCCCUUGCCGUAUGAGCUAACGGCAAGCUCGGUAAAAGUUAACGCAAACAAAAGUUUUUAUAUUCAACUAUAGUCACUAGACUGCCGGCUAUUUAGUAUUUGAUAAACCGUGACCGGCUGCCGGUCAUAUAGUCACUUCGUUAAUACAAAUUAAUCAAACAAUGAUUUGCAAAUUACAUCAAGCACGUAUAAGUGUAUCUAGACAGAAUUGUUUAUUGUUAGCCAUUGGGGCGCCAGCCUAUGACUCUAAAUUUGCCCUUUGGUUUAUGUCAAAUGUCGGAUUUUUUCAGCUCAUUAGCCUGUGUAGCAACCGUUUUUUGGUGGGAGGACUUGUGGGUGGAAAUAUUACCUAGGGUGUAAAAAAAAUACCUGUGGUUCCGGUUCCCGACCGACCCUAUUUUUUUUCUGCCGACCCUAUUAUUUUUUCAACGCGAUUGACUGUGCGACCCUAUUUUCUCCAGGUGGUUGCGGGCCGCUCAUAUAGCGUGCCAAAAUGGUGUCUGUUGCCACACUAAUUAUUGAACCAAAUUGCCUAAAUUCGUCCAUAGGAAAUACGCAUCUCUAGUUAAUAUUGAUGUCAAGAUUCUACUGCAAAUCGCCCAACAAAAAACCGCCAAAACCAUGAAAAAAAUAUUUAAAAAAAAAAUUUAUUUCCGACCUACCGACCCUAAUUUUUUCACGAUAUGAGACCGGAACCACAGGUAUUUUUUUUUAUGCCUAGUGCAAACGGGGCACUGGGUGGAACGAAUGGGCAGGUGGGAAAAUCUUCUGCCAGUUUUCCAUAUAUUUUUCAUUGACAUGAAAUCGACAUCCAGGUAGUCAUAAUGAGUUCACAAUUAUUGGAGCUCACCUGUUUCCAUGUUUGUGUUUGUGCACAAUAAGUGAGCCAGAAAAGCUGUACAAAAAGGUAGAUCUGAGAGUGUGACUUCAGUGACUUUUGCUGCCUGCAGGCUGUCUAAAUGUCAGCUGAAACUUAAAUUUGGGAACUUUGAGAAAACCUUUUGAUGUACAAAUUGCUUGGAGCAAAAUGCAACCAUUUUUGACAAGUUGUCUCCCAGAAGCUACAAUAUUUUAAAAAUAUAUAUUUGGAAAUUUUCGUUGGGCAACAACUUGUACAAGAUUUAUAAAGUUCUUAUUGGCAAAUGUAACUAAUGUUAUUCAAUUUUUAUGGUAUUUCAUUUUGAGAUAAUUUAUUAUAAACUUCAUGCAAAGUUGACAUAGUAAUUUUAAACAUGUUUGUGUUCAAUUGAUAUCGUGUUUGUAGAUGAGACAGCAUUUAGAAUUAAUUUUGAAAUAGCAAUGGCAAUUAUUGGCUUGUGGGACAAAUUCACCAUUCUUAUUGUAAUAAAUUGUGAAUGUAUAGUAACAGCGGAGACUCACUUGCCCUGACUUGUUGCCCUGAAUGGCUGAUAGAUAAGUUAGGGUGACGGGGUCUGAAAUUUGCAAUAUCCGGGAAACCACAGGAUACUAAAAUUUGGUUUUGGACAGUCAAACUGCAAAUGAUUUGUAUAUUACAAAAUUUCGAACAUUAGGAUAAUAUUAAAUGUCUCUGGCAGUCUCCCAAUAGCUUUGAAUACUACAGUAUGAGUCUGCUUCUUCAAAAUAACAAGCCUUUGUUAUAGACAAUGUUAUGGACUGUUGACUGUUGUUAUUGGAAAUUAUAACAAUGAGAGGUAACAAGUAUCCAGAAGUGGGAUACUGGGUUCUCAGAUGGGAUACUAGAAGUUUGCAUUUAAAAAAUUAAAUAAAAAAAAUUCAGACCCUCUUGGUGUUAAAUACAUGGACAUGUACUUAUCCUGAUAUAUUCUUGAACUACAGUAUUUUUGAUCUUACAUACAGUAACUAUAUUUAAAUGGUGAACAAAUUCGUUAAGGCCCAUUUACACGAUAGGAUUUGUUGCAUGUAUACGAUUGUCAUUCUGACGAAUGAAAACGAGUGCUAAUGCCACGUUAUUGCUCAUUUGCUAAUGGCGAAAUUUGAAAUGUGACGUUUGUACCAGGGUUGCCAGAUUGCUGAAUAAAUAAGCCAAAUAUUAUUAUCAUAACCUUUGUUUUCUUUGUUCGAAACAAAGACAUCAAAGGGCCGUUUAUAACAAUGUUUGGCUUAUUUAUUCAGUAAUCUGGCAACCCUGGUUUGUACGCGUGUUUAUUCGAUCACAUACGCCAGGGUACGAAUCGUAUACAACUAAUCGUACCGUGUAAAUGAGCCUUUACAAAUCUUGUACAAGUUUUUUGGGUAGUGAAAACUUCCAAAUAAAUUUUCAAAAUAUAGUAGCUUCUGGGUGGCAACCUGUCAAAAGCAGUUGCAAUUUACACACCCACAUUGUAAUGUUGUGAUGCAACAGAUAAAAUAAAUUAUGACGUCAGCUUACAGUAAUAACUUUUUGCCAAUCUCAUAUUUCCAUCCAGUCCACCAAUGGACUGGCAAUGAAAAAUAUAUGGAAAACCAGCAGACGGUUUUUCAUGCUCACCCGUUCUUUCCACCCGCACAAUGUUUGACCACUGUAGGUAGGAAGCUUCAAUUUGUCCCUUUCAUCCCGCAAUUACCCCUAUAUGCUUUAAUUUAUACCUGUAAAGUGCAUGGAGGGAAUGGGAGGUUAAACUUCCUCCCCUGAUAGGUCCUAUUUUGUAUUUUACUCUGUGUAUGCUUAAUGUUGUAUUUAUAUUCCAAUGAUGCUUCGGAAAUUUAGGAAAUAAGGAUUUUAUCAGAGUCAAUAAGUCAUCUGAAAAUUGCUCAGCAAAAGUUUGUUGAUUCAAAGGAAGCUGUCAAGAAAUUACGUGAAAAGAAAGGUAGGGACAUGUUCAACACUGUUAAAGAACAGGGCUGUUUAACAUAUAAACUGGAGGUGCGGGGGGGGGUGCAAGACACCUCACAGGUCCUGUGAUUAUCUAAUGUGGCUCAAGAUAUUCUCAAUCUCAUGACUACAGAAAACGAAGAGACAUGACUGUAUGUUUUGUUGUUUAAGUUAUUUCCAUGUCAGGUUGCCUGAACUUACAUUGCAGCUGCAAAGCGAUAUAUCCAGAGUGCAUUUCAACUUUGGAUGUGAUAUUAAACGUUAAAUCUAAACCCUCUUAACAGCUGACAGCACGUUUACAGGAAAAGUCUUAUUUUGUCUAACGACCAGAUUCUUACAAAGCGAUAAAGAAAAGAACGUUAGUAUUAUCGAAUAUUCGUUUUGAAGAGAGCAAAUUAAAGGAAUAUCCAUCGAUUUUUCAUCCAUCCUAAACCAGGCAAUGGCUACUAUAUGGUGGUCAAUUCUGAUUUUAUAACUUCGUGAGGGUAAUAUUUGGAUGGCAAUUUAAUAAUAACUUCGUGAGGGUAUGAAAGUGACAUCCAAUUCCCCAGUCUUUAAUGAUUGACCGAUUGUGCAGCAAUUGGAAAUUACCAAUUACCGCUUAUUCAUACCACAAUAUACCUGAUCCCGAUUUUAUAAUGACGUCAUAAUAUCAAUCGACCAAGUAAAGGUGACGUCAUUCAUGUAGAUUUGUUAACGUUAAUUUCCAACAUAACAUGUCACUGCAACCAUAGAUCGUUAAAACCGUUAAUAAAUGGCACGCUUCACGCAUUAGUUUAACAUACUGAUAUUGCGUUAGAACACAACGUGACGUGUAUCAACGUGCAAUGCAUAUCAUUUUUAAAGUGCGUAUUCUCUCCACAAUCGGUUUUAGACAAUCGGAAAUAAAGAUAAUUCUACCGAUUCCGAUUGUCUACCGAUAAGACAAAAAUCUGCCCGAUACCGAUUAUCGGUCAAUCAUUACCAAUCUUUGGUUUCACUUUUCAUAGUAAACGGAUUCAGGAAAAGAAAUACUCUUUGAUAAGGGUGGACCAUUAGAUAUCCUGGGAGGGUGGAGGGGAAAUUUUCCUUCCAAGAACUUUUUUAAGUUUGGAGCUUUGUUUGAACCUUCCUUUUUCGACAUGAUUUUUUUCAAAUUGCACUCUUCAUGAUUUUGGGGAGUUUCCCCCCCCCCCAAGAUAUGUAAUGGCCAAGCCUUAAAUAGAUCUCUCCGUUUUUAAUAGGUACAGAAGUGUUGGUGCCUUUAAGUGCAUCGGUAUCCUUUGUAACAAUAAAUUUAACAUAAGCCUGAUGAAGGAGAGUAGUAAACAGGUGACGGGCAAUGAUCAGUAGUCAGUUACUCCACUCUGCCAGUCUUUGAAAACAUGAAAAAGAACAAUGUUUUGAAGAUGAAAAGUGUAGAUAAAGAAAAUGCGUCCGUAAAGUAAAAAAUACUCAGAAUCCUGAGUGUCGAAGCUAAUAUUCAGACGGGUGUGUGUAUUGGGACAACCUAAACACUACUAAACAAUUCUUAGAUGAGUCAGAGUAUAAUAUCAACAAUUAUCCAGUCCAAGGUCAAUUCUGGUUGUCUACAAUCUUUGACCAAACCCUUCGGGGAGUAGAGGCUCAUUCACCUUAUUAACACCAGCACCCCCAUAACAAUGUGGUGUUAUGGUAAUGAACUGUGUCAUGAAGACAGCAGUGAGCUUGAGCAAGCGACGUUUUUCUCAACACGGACGUCACCCGAAAAUUGGUAUAACUAAUUUUGGCGGCAUGUUGCAACAUAGCGCUCGUGCAGGGAAGCAAAAAACUUUAAAAGUCUUAUGUUUUGUCAUAUAUGUGUUGAAAUUUACUACAAACUGAUACAAACACAGCUUUUAAUCUAGCCCCCGCUUGGCAAUCUGACGUCCGUGUUGACAGAAACGUUGCUUGCUUAAGCUCGGCAAUGCAAGACAUUCUCAGUGAAAACAUGAUCUAUCAUAUAUCGGGAGGGGAUAUAUUUGGCUAUAUUUAUGAAACUUGAAGUAGAAUCACUGCAACGCUGACAUUGGUAUUACGGACUCCAAAGAGCACAUGCAUGUUCUUGCGAGCGAAGACUUAGUGAUUAAUAUUGUAUUAACAUUGAUUCGAAAUAGAAGCUUUGUUAAACGUUGUACAGCAUGUACGUAACAUGUAUAUUUGGACAAGGUUGAAUAUUGGUAUCGUCACUUUUAGAAGGCGAGCGGUUGGUUAUUUUGAGUCAUAUAUUAGUGGAUUAUAAUGAUACGUUAUUUUCAUGGCCAGAUUUUGAGGGGAGGUGUGCACCUCCCUGAGAUCGUUUUGCACCUCCCCUGAAAAGUCAUGCACCUCCCCUUGGGAAAGUUUCAAUGAUAGAUUAAUGUGAAAAUUUGAUGGUUGCUUAGGUUCUACACUUCGUAAGAAAGUUUUUUCUGUAAAAUUGAAACAGUGAUAGCCAUUCAUCUCUGUGUCAAAUACCCAUUUAAUGCAAUGUUUUGAAAGAAACUUUGUAGCAAUUGUAACGAAGGGCAAAAUGGAUGAGUCGUACAGUCAUAAUGCAAUAAUACACUGAUUCAUAUGUACACUAUAUGCAUACGUCACGUCGUUGACUUUGGCCCGUUCUACAGAAGCUCUAACUUUCCAUGGGAGUCGUGAGCUAGACCGCUGCACCUCCCUAAAUGUUUUCCCACCUCCUCCACUAUUUCCACCAAAGUCCAGCCUUAUAUGGUUAUUUAUUUAAUUCAUCCAGUAAAACCUGAACCUUCCAUUAAUGAGGAUGGACCAUUAGAAAAAUGGAGGGAAGGGUGGGGAGAAAACAAAAAGAAAUUGCGCAAGGGAAAACGGAAGAAGAAGAAAAAUCAUGCAAGAAGGAAAGCUAAGAAAAAAGCCUUUAAGAUUCGGUAAAAAAUCCGAAAUUUCCCACCCCUCAUCACUUUUCUACUGGUACGUUCCUAACAUUGCAAUACAAGAAAAUAUAGUGAGGGCAAUUUUGUGGGAACUUGUAUCGGGAAUAUGGCCUGAAUUCCGAUAAAUGAUUCUUCAUUUAUCCUUAACAUGUGUCAGCUCUAUGUUCCAGGUCAACUGGAAAGCACGGAUAAUGUUCUAGUUGAUAUUGGCACUGGUUAUUUUGCAAGCAAGGUAGGUACAUGUAAUCCUCCCACAACUCCAAACUUCAUUUUAAUGAAUUAAACUCGAUAGUGAUAUACGAUAUACAAGCUUUUACUUUAGAUCAUUAUGCAUUUGUGACGUAAAUUGACGGAUAUUUGCAUGCCAAACAAACUGAAAUAUCUCAGAAACAAAGUGAGCAAACGAAAAUCUUCAAAAUAAGUUAUUAUAUCAUUUCAGAAGAACUGUAUAAUAUGGAUAUACUAUGGAUUUAGUGAUGCAAUCGCAAAUUCCACAGUAUGAAUUUCACUUUUUUCCAGUGAAUGGUUUUCCGUGCAGGAUAGGGUCAUUCAUCCAUGACUUGGGAUGUUGCACGACUUUCGGAAAACGUAAAAAACACUGGCCUGCGGCUUGAAAAACAUACGGAAAACUAUUUGGUAUUCCCUUAAUCGGGUAGAUAGCGUUAUCCAGUAUCUAUCCUUAGUCAGUACAACCGGCCCCAGAGUGUAUCGAGAUAUGUAGAAGGACCAUACAUUUGUACUGUACCUUAUUACCUUACCAAUUUCCAAUGCCUCUUUUUGUUUUUGUACAUAACGCAGUCCUUGGAAGGAGCUGAAAAAUAUUUUCUACGAAAAAUAGAAUUCCUUACCAAGCAGAUUGAAAAAGUUCAACCUGGGCUAAUCGAGAAGCAUAGAAUACGACAAGGUAAAUGGAAUUGUAAAAAUACGACAUGAUCCAGUAUUAUGAUACAUUGAUACAAUAUGAACAUGUUUUAAUUUAUGAUUGCAUGAGUUCCGUAAAAAAAAUUAUCAGUGUUUGCGACAGCCUGGUUCCUCGGCUUUUUCGCGUCCGCCUUACUAUUUUAGGGUGGUAUUUUGACAAGGUUUGCAGGUUAACUGGGAUUAAAUUGGGAUUUUUCGUUCGGAUAUUCAUUUUCAAAGCAAUUCACUCGUGACAUUUAUGACAUCGUCCCUCAAACGAAAAGCUGAUAUCGCCUCCCCCCUCAUUUGAUAAUCUACAUAUGAAUUGAACACGCUCAGAAAGCAAUACAAAGCAUCAUCUUAAAUAUAAUUUCACCUCAGUACAUAAAACACCUAUAGGGCCACAUAAAAUAAGUUCCUUGAUUCUCAUCACUGCCCGACUGUAUUUUAAGAGCCUCGUGAAAUUUUUUUAUAUUUCAUAUCAUUACACAAUAUGAAUGUACCGUCCGACAAAAUAUUUCAAGACAAUUAAGUUUUUUAUAUUUUAUAUUGGGUUUUUAGUGUAAUUUUAAACUGCUAAUUUCAAACAAACAGAACCUUGAAAGAAAUUGCAUUGCAUUUUAAAGGAAAUUCGCAUUCAGUUCAAGGGUUCAGUCAUUGUUUGUGGAGAUACGUUGGAGAUGACAGAAAUGUGUAAUGUAGUAUGUUCAUUUCGGUUUGUGAAACUUCACUUCGGAAAUCAGGGAAAUAUUAAAUGUUAGGAAUUAUUUUUUAUUUGUUGAUAUAUAAAUUAUAUAAAUAUAAAAUAUAAACCUCCCGCCUGUUCGACAUUUUCAAAGAGUAGUGAUGAGAAUCAAGGAAUAUAAUUUAUGUGGCUAGUCUAACCUUAAUAUCGAGAUAAUCCCGCUUUUUUUUCUCUUUUUCAGCAAUCAUAGACACUAUGUCUGCUAAAGUGAGAGGUCAGAUGUCAAGCCAGCUUCCAGCUGCAAAGGCAUAAACAUGAAGAAACAUAUAAUAGCUGUAUAAUUAAUUGUCUAUAUCGUCCGCAGGGCUUUUAGCAUUUGCAUGCGAGAAAAAAGGAGGAAUGUUGAUCGUUUAGUUUUUGCUUGUUGACUAACUGUUUUCCGACUAAGAGAUUACCAAGGUCAUUCGAAUAUGAUCUAUACAAACAGAGAUUUUUCAGAAGUUCUCCAAGACGAGUAAAAUCGUUAAAGAAGAAAAAAGUUUUGACGAAAUGUCAUUCUGAGGUCAGCGAAAUAACUUCUUCCAUAUAUAUGACGGUAAAGAUCGUGAAACUCUUUGGCUGUAUGUCUUUUAAGUUUAGAAACUUUCUAUUCGAUAUUCCAGAGACGUGGUAUUGACCAUGGAGCACUCUUUCUGUUUUUAGUGCAAAGUUGCUUUGCACUAUUGUUAUGAGAAAAAUUAAAUCCAGUGACCGAUCGAUGGAUCUAUAGUGUAAUGCUACUUCCUUCGUAAUAGUGUAAUUCUACUUCCUUCGUAAUUUGCAUAUCACGUUGAAAUAUGUCUUCUGCAGUAAACAGUAAAUUAUAUUACGCGAUGCUGUAAAUCCCCAAAUCAAAGAAUAUGGUAGGUUGUUUGCAACUUGCCUCAGUUGCUGGCUAUAAAUCAAAGUCUGUCGAAGCAUUUAGCGUAAUGUUGACUUGACUUUAGUUAGUGACCAUUCUGCAUUUUCAGUAUCUGUACAGAGGUUAGUUUCUACGGAAUUUGUCUGUUUAACUCAAAAUAAGAAUACCGCACUAUUGCUACUAGAAACAAACGAAAAUGCAGAAAAGGUAGUAACUUACACCAGGCAAACACUACACGAUAUUUCAACAGACCGUGUUCUGCAACCAGCAAUCGAGGCAAAUUGCAAACGACUGCCAAUAUUCUCUGAUUUUGCGAUUUAAAGCAUCGCGUAAUAUAAUGACUGUUUACUACCGAAGCUAUAUUUCGACGGGUUAUGUAUUAAUGAUAUGCAAAGUUAGUAAGGAAGUAGAAUAGUCAUGUCCGUGAUUUCUGGCUACGUUUUAUUACGUUUUCUAGAGCUUCGCGACGUUCGGCCAACUAUCGUUUAUCAACCUCGUUCCCAGGGCUUUCGUCUCUCCCUCGUCCUCAUACAAAAGCCCUGGGAACGAGGUUGAUAGUUUAUAGCUGUUUAUUGCUGUUUAUAGAUUAUAAAAAUCUGUAUUUAUAUUCAUGAUGGUACAUGUUACUUAUUUUAUCCAACAUUUAGAGAAGUUUUAACCAAAUUACUGUUACAUUUCAAGCACUUGUUAUUAUAUGAUUUGCCCCCCUGCAACAUAAAACAAAUAAAUAAAUACACGUCCUCUCAUAUAAUAUAUUUUACAAUGGCGAGCAUAGACGAGCUGUGACCAUUGAGUGGCGGUGUGAAAUCGUGUAGACUAGAGUGUAUUACAACUGAGGUUGACAGUAUUAUGAGAAAAUCUUUGAGAUUCUACCCAAUAUAUAAAUUGAUGUUAUGCAUUACGGGCAUUCAGUUAAGUGCUGAUAUUAUUUUGACCGUAUAUUCAUUAAACGGAGCUAGGAAG